AUGUCUCUGGAGAUGGAGGGCCUCAGAGUUGAUCGAGAGGUGGGAAAUGUUAGUGAAACAGAGCAGGCUGUGGUCCCCCGGGCGAGCAGGGACCACGCUGUGACCGGUGACCUCAGAGUGCUCCACAACCUGCGGGCCUUUGAGGAGACCAGCCGGGUGACCUCUCCCUUUGACGGGGUGCAGACAGAAAUCCAGCCGUACAUGAGAAGGAUACUGGCUGUGUGGAUGUUUCAGGUCUGUGAGGAGCAGAAAAGCGAGGAGGAGGUGUUUCCGCAGGCGAUGCGUUACCUGGACUGUUACCUGAGCCGUUUUGCCGUUGAGAAGACCAACCUGCAGCUCUUAGGGGCAGUUUGCAUGUUCCUGGCCUCCAAAAUGAGAGAAACGAUCCCCCUGACUGCUAGCAAGCUUUGUGUCUACACAGAAAACUCCAUUUCAGUCUCAGACAUUCUGCACUGGGAGCUGGCAGUGGUGUCAAGGUUAGAGUGGUGUCUGGCCUCCGUGGUCCCCUCUGACUUCCUGGAGCCAAUUCUUCACGCUCUCCCCUUUGUCCGACCUCCCCACCUUCAGAACAUGCGCAGGCAUGUUCACACCUACAUCGCUCUGGCUGCCAUGGAAUGCAGGUUUUCAGUCUUCCCGCCCUCCACUGUAACGUGUGCCUGCGUGAGCAUCGCCACGCAGAAGCUAAAGCUGCUGGACGCUGGCGUGUCUGCAGAUUCAGUGAUAACGUUUUUGGCCGACCUUUUGGCCGCUGAUCAGAACGCCCUGCUCCUCUGCUAUGACCAGCUCAGGAUUGUGUUAGAGCUCAGCCUGCCCUCAAGUUUUCAGGAUGCAAGCCAAAGGAACACGGAUCAGGGAGCAGUUAUUCAGGAUGUUGUACUGACACCAACGUCCCCACCUGAGGAAAUCAAACUAAAACACUCCUCCCUGCCUUGA